AGUGGGUGGCGGAGGACGGGAAUAAAAAACAAGGGGGAAAAAAGGCGAGGGGCGGGUCUCAUGGCGCUAGCCUAGCCGCCUCCCCAACCUCCUCACCGAGGAGAGAGAGAGGACAGAGGAGAGAGAGAGAGAGAGAGGAGGUUCCAUUUCCGCGUCGUCUCCGCCCGCAGCCCCACCCUCCACAUGGCCGCGCCGCCGGGUGGGGCCCACGCCGCCGGCGCCGCGGACCCGAUGCAGGUGGACCAGCCGCGCCCCGCCGCCGCCGCCGCAGCAGCGACCGCCCCCGCGGACGCCAAGCAUGCCAGUUCUAUGAUUGAAGGGGGUGAUCCAGUCACUGGUCACAUAAUCUCAACAAUGAUUGGAGGCAAGAAUGGAGAGCUUAAAAGGACUAUCAGCUACAUGGCCGAGAGAGUUGUGGGAACUGGAUCAUUCGGAAUCGUCUUCCAGGCUAAAUGUCUGGAGACUGGUGAGACUGUUGCCAUUAAGAAGGUUUUACAGGACAAGCGGUACAAGAAUAGGGAGCUGCAAAUCAUGCGAUCCAUGGAUCACUGCAAUGUCGUCUCCUUGAAGCAUUGCUUCUUCUCUACCACAAGCAGGGAUGAACUUUUCCUUAACUUGGUGAUGGAGUUUGUUCCUGAGUCACUGUAUCGUGUAUUGAAGCAUUACAGCAAUAUGAACCAGAGGAUGCCGCUUAUAUAUGUCAAGUUAUACACCUACCAGAUAUUUCGGGGUUUAGCCUAUAUUCACACUGUACCUGGCGUUUGCCACAGGGAUGUGAAACCUCAGAAUCUUUUGGUUGAUCCUUUGACUCACCAAGUGAAGAUAUGUGAUUUUGGGAGUGCCAAAAUGUUGGUCAAAGGUGAAGCGAACAUAUCAUAUAUAUGCUCACGUUAUUACCGUGCUCCAGAGCUCAUAUUUGGGGCGACUGAGUACACAACAUCAAUUGAUAUCUGGUCAGCUGGAUGUGUUCUUGCUGAGCUGCUUCUUGGCCAACCUCUCGUCCCUGGUGAAAGUGCUGUGGAUCAGCUUGUUGAGAUAAUAAAGGUUCUUGGUACUCCAACACGCGAGGAAAUCCGAUGUAUGAACCCGAACUACACUGAAUUUAGAUUCCCUCAGAUCAAAGCUCAUCCAUGGCACAAGAUUUUCCACAAGCGGAUGCCUCCAGAAGCUAUAGAUCUCGCUUCACGUCUGCUCCAGUAUUCACCUAAUCUACGAUGCACUGCUCUUGAAGCAUGCACACAUCCAUUCUUCGAUGAGUUGCGAGAACCACAUGCAAGGUUGCCAAAUGGUCGGCCAUUCCCUCCACUCUUUAACUUUAAACAGGAACUAGCAAAUGCUUCUCCUGAGCUUAUCAACAGGUUGAUCCCAGACCAUGCUAGGCGGCAUCUUGGGCUCACUUAAAUCCCUGCAACUGGACCAUAGGGAAGCUGUAUGGUGUUUUACCUUGCGCUUCCGAUGCUUCUUUGUGCCGAAGGGCAACCUGCAUGUCCUCACAUUUAAGAUGUAGAAUCUGACCAUUAUUGGAAAGCCAAACGUGAGCUGGUGCCAAUGUGUUGCAUGAGGAGAGGUGUGUUUCGCCCAGCCAGCCCUCGUCACUUGUUUUAAUGCUCCAUCCAAUUUAGCCGAAGUAGCGGGAGGGAAGGGGGUGGUAUUGUUAAGCUAUUGAAGGAAUCUCUACUAUCGUAUUACAUUCUGCAAUGCUAAAUGUUGUAGUGCGCCUGUAAGUGUCCCGUAUCCCUGGGUCAGUCAAUGUAAUUCUGUAAAUGUUAUUGAUGGGAAAUUAUCUUGUGUUAUGGUAAUUAUCAAGUCGUUUAUCCUUGGACUCA